AUGCUGGGGACCCGCGGGCCAGUGCCCUUGCUGGUUGGUCUCCUGCUGCUGCUCCCAGGACUCUGUGGCCCUGGUGGGAGGCGGGCCCCACGCCGCAGGUUCGAGUACAAAUUCAGCUUCAAAGGACCAAGAUGGUCACCUCCUGGGGCUGGAAUACCCUUCUGGAGCCACCAUGGAGAUGCCAUCUUGGGCCUGGAGGAAGUGCGCCUGGUGCCCUCCCUGCGGGACCGGCGCGGCGCCGUGUGGACCAGGGCCCCUGUCCUGUUCCCGUCCUGGGAGGUGGAGGUGCAGCUGAGGGUGACAGGGCCAGGGCGCCGAGGAACGCAGGGCAUGGCCGUGUGGUACACUCGAGAAAGGAGCAAAGAAGGCCCCAUCCUUGGGGGGCCAGCCGAGUGGGACGGCGUAGGAAUCCUCUUCGAAUCCUCAGCCGGGGAUGCCCAGGACAGCCCUGUCAUUCGUGUGCUGGUUGCAGACGGCCGCAGCCCCAGUGCACAGUCCAGGGACGGAGCCAGCCGGGUGCUGGGCUUGUGUCACCGGAACUUCCGCAACUGGCCGUUCCCCUUCCGAGUGCGAAUCACCUACUGGGAGCAGAGACUGCGUGUAUCCUCUAACAGCGGCCUCACCCCCUAUGAUCCCGAAGAGUUCUGCGUGGAUGUGGGGCCCCUGCUUUUGCCCUCUGGAGGCUUCUUUGGAGUCUCAGCAGCCACCGGCACCCUGGCAGAUGAUCAUGACGUGCUAACUUUCCUGACCUUCAGCUUGCAGGAACCAAGUCCAGAGGAUCCCCCACAGCCCAUCUCGGAGUCGGAGCAGCUCCGCCUGGCCGAGCAGCUGCAAGGGCUGCGCGCGAGGCUGGCCCUGGGCACUCGGGAGGACAUUGUUGUUCCAAAGUUGGACUUCAAAGCCCAGGACAUGGGGGAAAGACUGCCUGAGCUGGAGGAAACCCUCAGCAGAAACAGCCAGGCCCUGCAGGCCCUUCGGGCUCUCUCGGAACAGCUGGUCCAGGCUGAGAGACAGUGGAAGCAGCAGCUGGGCCUUCCAGGCCAGGUCAAGCCAGAAGGCGGCUGGGCAAGGGCCAUGGCUGUGGCCCUAGGCAACAGGCUGGUCCUUCUACUCGACCCCCAGGACUCUGCCAAGCUCAGCACCCUGUUCUCUGCACAGCAGACUCUGCUCCAGGCCCUGCAAGAGAUGAGGAACCGGGCAGUUCUGAUGGCUUCCAGUGCCCGGGGGUCCUUCCUGCCCCUGGGCACCGCACACCAUUUCUCAGAGCUGGAGCAGACCCUCAGCCUCCUACACAAGGACCUCCGGGGUGUGGUGAAAACAGCAUCCCAGACCCCCCGCUUCCCUGGUGGGCGCCCAAGGGCCUCCUCAUGCCUGCGGCCUGGAGUCUUUCUGCUCUUUCUGGUCACCCAAACCGUGGGCUUUUUCUGCUACCUGCACUUCAGACAGGAGCUGGACAAGCGCUUCCGGGAGUGUCUGUCUAGAGGUGCCCUUCCUCUGGGCCCUGCCCUACACCCAGCGGGGGCCCUCGGUGCUCUCAGGAGACAGCCUUUCAACCCCAGCUCCCAAGCCUGA